GCAGAAAUGUGCUCUAAACAUCCUCUCUAUCCAGCCUCCAGUGAGAAGGAGCUCACCCCCAGUCUGGCCAGCCCAAUCCAUGUUGGGACAGCUCUAAGUAUUAAGAUAGAGAAAGAGUCUUGACCUGGUUUUCUUCAAGAGCAACGGUCUUCUGCAAGAGAGAGGCUGGUAAGACACAAUGAAUACCAUGCUAGGUGUUCUCCUUGCUUUGGCUAUCUUUGUGACACUUUGUGAUGCUCAGUGCACAUUUUAUCCUUUGGAAAUCAUUGAUGGGUAUCAAGCAAGAGGUUGCAGGGAUUCUAAGGGUGUAAUGCAUGAUUUCAGCACUCAAUGGGAAUCUGAUUGUAUACACUGUUCAUGUGAAGAAAAUAUUGGACUAGUCUGCUGCACCAUGGUGAUGAGGCCAACGAUAUAUGACCAAAAUGAAUGCAUGGAAAUUUUCCAAAAAGAGUCCUGUAUUUACAUUGCUGUAAAUAAAACUAAUCCCUCUACACUCUGUGAAGUCUCACAGUAUACAGGUUAACAACUCCAACUCCUCUUCUGGCUGUUGCUGCCAAGGUCAUUGCAUCUCUAUGGAACUUGUCAAGGCUUGAAGCGAUUGCCCUUUCCUUGGAAUUCAGAGCAGCAGGGGCUGGGAACCAUGUGGUCAUUACCUUGGAUCUGCAUUCUAUUGAAAGCACUGCCAAGUCUUAGGCACACUGAUUCAAACUACAAAGUGCCACUUCUGUGGCUUCUGAGACCCUCCAGGCACAAAGUCCAUACCUCCUGUAACCUUCUGUCUGACAAAUGCUCAAAAUAUAU